AUGGGCUGCUGCGUCACUAAAGCUCAAACCGCUCAAGUUCACCUGCCUAGGGUCCCUAUAGAGACAGCGCUUGCAAGAUCUCCUGUUUCAAGGCAAAACCUAAACGAGCUCUCUUCAUUUUUGCUAUGCCCUUACUGUCUAGAAGAAUUCAGAGAUAACACAACCAUCAGAAAUUUCACUGAACAUUUGUUGAUCUGCAUAAGCCACGGCAGGACAGCCAGGUCACACCCACGACACACGCUAAAAAACCUAACUAGAGAGUCUCCUUAUAAUGUAAAAAUCCAAUGACUUAAAGACGAAUUAACCAAAAUUCGAAUUCCCUGACAAUCUGAAAGCAUGAAGUUAGAAAUAUUAAGGGAUGAGUUCAUGGAGACCUCAAUGAAUCACAUUUUGACUGGUGCUUGCACUUUUUAAUAGUCAGACUGCCAGGUCGAGCUAGAGCCAGCUUUGGUCAGUAAUUAAAAAAUUUUACAAAAAUAGAGAUUUUUUUCAUUAAACAAAUUUUAAAGGUAUUGACUCAAUACAAAAUCCGUAAAAAUUUGGCUUUGACUGCUAUAAAAUAGGAUUUCCCCAUUUUGACAUUUACUCCUCAAGAUAUGCAUAAAGAAUUCAACGUCAGCUUCAGCGGAGAGCGGGGCAUGGAUGCAGGCGGAGUACUCAGAGAAUGGUUCACAUUGAUAACAAAGGCACUUUUUUCUAAAGAAAAAGAGCUUUUUGUGCUGUCUAAUGCAAAAAUUGUAAAUUAUACAUUCCCAUUAGGAAUUGAUGGGAGCAAAGAAAACGAGUAUGUUUUCAUGGGCAGAGUCAUGGGAAAAGCCCUAUUUGAGCAGGUAUCAAUCACAUGCCCAUUAUCUGGAGUCAUUUUUAAGCAUAUUACAGGGGAUGAAAUAAAUCUAGAAGAUUUAAAUUUUUUGGAUAACGACGUAAGAGCCAUUUAGCUUUACAGCGCUUUAAAAUUCAUGAAGGAAAACCCGAUUGAGACAGUUUUCUUUGAAACUUUUCAAGUAGAAAAGCAUCAGAAUGGGCAGGUUUAUAAGUAUCUAUUGAAAGAAAACGGUGACCAAAUAAAGGUCACUGAUGAAAAUAAAGAGGAAUAUAUAGAAUUAAGGGCCAAGUUUGAGACCACAGAAAUCAUGAAGCCUGGGAUUGAUUUUUUGCUUCAAGGGUUUUAUGCAGUCAUCCCUCAGCCACUGGUCUCUUUUUUUACGUCACAAGAGCUGGAGCUUGCAUUGUGUGGGCUUCCGGUUAUUGAUAUUCAGGACUGGAAAGACCAUACUGACUAUAGAGGAGAGUUUUCAAGGUCACAUAAAGUUGUAGGCUGAUUCUGAGAAGUCGUGGAGUCCUUAGCCCAAGAGCAAGUCUCCAAUUUACUUUUAUUUGUGACUGGGUCUCCAAGACUGUCAAUUGAUGGAUUCGCCUCACUCAGGACGUCAAGAGGAGAGCCUGCUCGGUUUACUAUUGAACCGAUACAUUAUGAUAAAAACAGCAUUUUUCCACGUGCUCAUACUUGUUUUAAUAGGCUUGAUUUACCUAUAUAUCCCAGUAAAGAAAUCUUGGAAAAAGGCCUUGUAUAUGUAAUAAAAAACCAUGCCCUUGGCUUUGGUAUUGAAUAA